UUUUUUUUAAUGCCCCGAGCGGGAUAGAAGAGAAAGCCACCGGGAAAGGGGAAAAAACGGGGAAGUGAGAAAAGAAGAAGCGGUAGUCUCGGCUCGCCUGACGUAAGGGAGUGGGCGUGGCCAGAGCGCACGGGGGCGAACGUCGAAGGAAAGACGAUGAUGGGCGUGGCCUGAGGAAGGGCGUGGCCGGCAGACGUUCGGAAGGGGCGUGGCUUGAGCCCGUGUGUAGCCAAAAAGCGGAAGAAUACUUGCGACUGUCCCAAGUGAAAUGCGCCACUUUGCUCGUUCAGAUGUCUGCCACAAGCAGUGCCGUUAUUUGCCUGGACUUGGCAGCUGGCUUCAUGAAGCAACCUGUAGAUAAAAGUUAUUUGGUGAAACUCUCGGGCUUGAACAAGAGCGCUUACCAGAGCACCUUGAGGUCCUUCGAAAGUCUACUGGGCAUGCCUUCCAACCUUGGCCUCCGGGACCUGGCCAUUCAAUUCUGCUGCUUGGAGGCCGUGAAUAUGGCUUCAAAAAUAUUGCAGAGGUAUGAAUCCACACUUCCUGAAGCUCAGCAAACAGAUCUUGACUUGUCUAAGCCUUUGUUCACGACGGCGGCCCUGUUCACAGCUUGCAGGUGUUUGAAACUCCAAGUGGAUAAGAACAAAAUGGCGGCCACCUCUGGGGUAAAGAAGACCAUAUUUGACCGGCUUUGUGGCCAACUGCAGAAGAUUAGCGGCCAGAUCAACCGAGAAAGCCCCAACUUAACUCCUGAGGCCACCAAGCCCCAGAAGACCUACCUUGAACACCUUGAAAAGGAAGAAGCUGCUGGAACGCAAGCUGAGCUUCCUCGCAAGCGUCCCAAAAGUGAAAUGGAAGCACAAGAAGAGUACGAAGAAUGGAAAAGGAGAAUUCUGGAAAACGCCGCUAAAUCGCGAAAGGAAGACCUUUGAUCUGAGCGUAUUAAAAUACCAGCCAUCCUUCUGAGUUUUAACUUUAAAUGUAGUUUUAGGAUAGCAGCGUUCAUGGGACUUGUGGAGCACACGUUUCCUGUGCUGUACCUCACAGUUGUGAGAAUUGUCCUUGGGGAGAGGUGAAUGCAGAAGCCAACUCUAAAGAUUGGUCAGCCUCAUCCAUGAGGACUAGGCUGCUGAAAUGGCACUCCAAGCCCUCAAAUCAUAGAUUCCCUGGGCAAGCCUUCAGUAGCUGGGUAUUCACCUUACUUUAUGGUUGAGGCCCAUGAGGACACAUUUUGAAGUUGCUUAAAUCUCUCAUGGUUUAGCAAGCUGGGGGACCCUUUCCCCACUGAAAUGAUCCCUGUGCCACAGACCAGACGCACCAUAUCUAAAUCUGGAUUCUACAAUAUUAAAUUAACUGUCUCCUUCCUCUGAUUGCAGGACCACACUUAUUCCCCAAUCCCAGUUGCAUUUGUUGGUAAACAAAUCCCAUUACUUUCAACCGAACUUGCUUCCCUGGAAGAAGCUUAGAAUCAGAUGGUUAGAUGUACAUCCAAAUACAAAUCCUAAACACCUGUCCAUUCAGUCAUGUUUAUUCUUCAAAAUAUUUCCUAAGUGGGAGAUGGAUAUUGUAGAACCGUGUUCUUUAGCUGUGUGUUUUAAUGUUCAUUCUUCUUAGUAACAUCUUAAAUCGGAUGUCUUGUUUGAGGUGCGGCUCUCAAACAAGACUUAACUCCUUUCUGUACAAGACUUAACGUUUCUGGAGAAACAGCAAUAAAUAUUUUUUAAUUCUU